UGUGAUCUGCUCACUUUUCAAUUGGAUUUUAGAGUUUUUUUAGUUUCAGAUUUCAAUUGUUUUUGUUUUGAUUUAUUUAUGAUUUCUUGUCUGAUCAUCUCCUAUCAGAUUCAAUGAUGAUUAGCCUCGAGUUGUAUGAUAGCUACUUUGAUUGAUAAAAUGUCAAAUCGUUAUAAUCCUGCGCAACUUCCGCCCACCGUUGGUGUUUUGUUUGAGAACAUCCAUCAAGAUUUUGGCGGUAUUUCAAAUUUUUGGGAUGAUGCAGCCAUCGAAUAUUUGAAUCGUAAACGGUUGGCUAUACUAAAUGAUUGGGAUCGUAAUAAAAAAUUGGAAAAAAUUACGGAUUUUGUUUCAUAUAAUCUACGCAAGACACCUGAUCAGAAUGAAAUAGCGCCAUUUAUGUUACCAUCAAUGAUCAAUCAAAAUUCAACCAUAUCAUUUUCUCCAUCGGUACAGAAACGAAUUUCUGAAGAGAAAAAAAAUUGGGAACCAUUUUACAUUUAUUUAUUUUCGAAAACCUAUGACGAGCUUGUUAUUUCGGGCACUAAAUCACCUAUUAUUUCGCGGGAAAAAUGUGAAAUUGGUUUACGACGGCUAGAUUUACGACGAUCUGAAGAAAUCGAUGCAAUGAUGAACGCGCUUAUUGAUUAUGAAAUUCUUGCUUUUAUCUACGAAAAAUUUGGCCAAAAUAUUGGCCGAAUAGGACGAGUAAUACUGUUGGCCGGUAUGGAAAAACUUAAUUAUGCCAUCACUCUAAGCCUUUUUUCCGAAACUGUGAUCUCAUCAAAUACAUUGCUCGAAAUCCUAGAAAAUAUCCAUAUUUUCAACAAAAAUCUAUUCGUCCGAAAACCCUCUAUUCGUCAGGCAUUAAGUAGUUACCUCAUAUACCUGUUGAACAAACUCGAUACGGAUGUGGAUGAUGUCAAAUUCGUAUUGCACAUGGCACGAAGAUUCGUUUACUAUUUGAAUCGGAUCCGUUUGAUUCCACCAGAGAGCCGAUCAUUCAAUCGAUCCCAGGCUAAAGAUCAAUCCUCAUAUAGUCUACAGUAUUCCCAUUGGUUUGCCGCUUGUGUCGUUCCUCGAUACACUCGAUGUUUUCCAUUGUAUUUAGCUUGCGAUACAUUCGGUUUUGAUUUUCUACAUUCAUUGAUUCGCUAUUUGAAACCAGAUUUCAAACCACUGGAAACUGACAAUUAUUCUGUACAGGAUUUUUUCGAACGUAUUGAAUGUGAAUUUCUUGAUCAAGACAAACCAUUCUGGUCUGAUAUAUUCAGAACGAAUCUAACACCCAUCGAUGUCCUGUUGGUGAAUAUUCAAGAUCAAUUAAUUAAUGCUCAUUGUGAAAAAACUAACAGUAGUGGUGACUCUUUGAUGAAAUCUCUGCUACAACGAUUUUAUCGGUUUUAUGAACGUUUACUUCGAUUCAAACCGUUUUGUGAUAAUUUCUGGUCUUGCAGCCAUGCAUUAUUGGAUGCUAGCACUAUUGAUUCAUCCUGUGAAAAUGAUGAAUCCGAAGGUGAUGAAGCGGAUGCGGACGAUGAUGGUAAUGAAUUCAAUCAUAGUGGUGCCGAAUUAGUCAUGCCUAGUUGUAAUUUCUGUGAUAAAGAUAAAUUCCUUUAUUGUUUUGUUCAUAAUCGAAUCAAUGAGCAGCCAUAUUGUAGACAACAAGAACGAAUAAUUCUUACACCGAAUACUUUUCCAAAAGAAUGGAUCGAACGUUUCCUAAUCAAAUUGAAUGAUGAUGAGAUUGUUAUCGCCAUUUUCACGACCAAACAUUUUGAUCCAUACCGUUUGAAACUUUUGCAACGUGUUGAGUAUUUUUUUCCCGUUGGUGAUCCUGAAGAUCAAUCUUAUCGUCUGGUUAUCAACGAUCAUUUAUUAUCCGAAGUGAAGCGACCAUUAUUAAUCAAAUAUCUACAAAAUGUACGACCUAAAAGUGAAUUAUAUCGCAAUGUAUGUGGAAUUUUCAAUCAAAUUAUUACAGAAUCGGUCGGAAAAUUUCGCCGAUCACAACGAAUAGAAUCGAUCGGUAAUGGGUUGGAAAGCUUGAGGCCAAAUAUGGAAUUUCAUCGACUGUUGUACACGUCGUUCGUAACGAAUGUCAAUACAAACAUGUUGACCGAUAUGCUAUCGUUUUUGAUUGGCCACACGCCUCAACAUGAUUCAUUAUUCGGUUUAGAUUCAACCAGUGGUGGAACUGUUCAAUUUGUUUUGAUUAACAAUCAAUUUAUGAAAAAAUGGGAUGAACGCUAUAAACAAUGGCUCAUAUGCAUACAGAAUGUUUUCUCCUAUCAAUUACCACGAAUGGGCAAAGAUUACAUUACCCGAUUGGUAUUUGAUCCUCGCCAUCUGACAUUGGCAUUGAUUAAAAACGGUUAUCGAGCUAUAGGUGGUAUCAAUUUUCGUCCAUUCAUAACGCAAGGCUUUUCCGAAAUUGUUUUCUGUGCCGUCAGUUCUGAUGAACAAGUGAAAGGUUAUGGUACGAGAAUGAUGAAUCAUCUUAAAGAUUAUCAUCUAUCACAAGGAAUUUUUUACUUUCUUACAUACGCUGACUCAUAUGCUAUCGGAUAUUUCAAGAAAUUAGGUUUCAGCAAAUAUGUAACGCUACCAAAAGAACGUUAUCAAGGGUUCAUCAAAGAAUAUGAUGGUGCUACAUUGAUGGAAUGUCGUCUAGAUCCUCGAUUAUCAUAUAAUGGUCUUGGCCAAGUGUUACAGAUGCAACGAAUAAUUGUACAGAAAAUGGUCGAAAUGAAACAAAAGACAAACCAAUCGAAAACUUUUUCAUACAAAUUCACUGCCGAUCAUCGUAUCGUACCAUUAAGUUUUAUACAACGUAAAAAUCGAACAAAUAUUAAAUUCGAUACAAACGAUGUUGAUUUCAUUGAUCAUUCGAAAGACCUCUACCAAACAUUCAAAUCUAUAUUAGGGAAACUUAAAUCACACGAUGCUUCAUGGCCAUUUGUUGGGCCAGUUGAUGAAAUCGAAGCACCCAAUUAUUAUGACGUCAUACGAUAUCCAAUGGACUUGACCACAAUGUCUCAACGCCUUAAACGACAUUAUUAUGUUAAUGUUCAUCUAUUUCACUGCGAUGUUAAACGUGUAUUCUUCAAUUGUCGUACGUUCAACAGCGAAGAUACGGAAUAUUUUAAAAUGGCCAAUACUCUUGAACGAUAUUAUCUUAGUUUAAUGAAAGAACAUGGCCUGUUGGUCAAAUCAUUGCGUGAUGAAAAGGCCGUAUCAUCAACAUCGAUUAAGCAUUGGGAUCAUGAUAGACACCAAAAAUCAUCAUCCAUGGAUCAUGAUUCAAAUCGUGAUUCGGAUUGAACAACAAAUUAACAAUGUACAUAUAAAGAUUCAAUUAAAAAUGAAUAAAAUUUCACCAGAUGUCACUACGAGCAA